AGGUGUGUUGCAUCAGAUGGAGAGGACUUUGAAGGUGACUGAAGUUUAAACAUCAAGGAUUCAUGCAUGACAUACUGUCUCAGUCUUUGUCUGAAACAGGAAUAUUCAGAAACAGAUUUUGGAACGAAGCUGUGGCAUGUGAUUUGCUUUCAACACUCCAUCCAUAGUCUAAGAGGCAACAAAUGUAUAAAUUGAUAUCAUAAUGAACCCCAAUGGUCAAUUGGGUGUAAUCUUGCCUAGUCUUCCGAAAUCAUCUCUAUAGCAUCCACAUAAAUUCUCCUUUUCAAUACCUCCAGAGGAAUUAUGCCUAUGGAUCCAAGGAACCAAACCAGCAUAUUUGAAUUCAUCCUGCUAGGACUUUCAGAAAAACCAGAGAUGGACACUCUCCUCUUUGCUCUGUUCUUCUGCAUGUAUGUCGUCACGGUGGUGGGGAACCUGUUGAUUAUCCUGGUCAUCAGCUCAGACUCCCACCUCCACACACCCAUGUACUUUUUCUUAGCCAACCUGUCCUUGGUUGAUUUUGGCCUGGCCACCAACACUGUCCCCAAAAUGCUGGUGAACAUUCAAACUAAGAGCAAGUCCAUCUCCUAUCUUUGCUGCCUGACCCAAAUGUACUUUUUCCAUUUUUUUGGCAUUGUUGACAGUGUCUUAAUUGCUGUGAUGGCUUAUGACAGGUUUGUGGCUAUCUGUCACCCCUUACACUAUUCCACCAUCAUGAGCCCACGCCUCUGUGGCCUGCUGGCUGGUGGUCCCUGGGUGUUUUCCUACUUCAUCUCCCUCACACACAUUCUCCUGAUGGCACGCCUGGUUUUCUGUGGUGACAAGGUUCCUCACUACUUCUGUGACCUCACUCCCCUUCUUAGACUUUCCUGCACUGACACUUCUGUGAACAGGAUCUUUGUGCUCAUUGUGGCCGGGAUGGUGAUAGCCACACCUUUCAUCUGCAUCCUGGCCUCCUAUGCUCGUAUCAUCGUGGCCAUCAUGCAGGUCCCCUCUGCAGGUGGCAGGAAGAAAGCCUUUUCCACCUGCAGCUCCCACCUCUCUGUGGUUGCCCUCUUCUAUGGGACCACCAUUGGGGUCUAUUUGUGCCCUUCAUCUGUCCGCACAGCCGUGAAGGAGAAAGCCUCUGCCGUAAUGUACACUGCAGUCACCCCCAUGCUGAACCCCUUUAUCUACAGCCUGAGGAACAAAGACCUUAAGGGGGCCCUGAGGAAGCUCAUCUAUAGAAAAAUCACCCCAUCUUCCUAACCAUCAGGACACCUGGGAGUUCCUGGGGAGUAAGACACAGACAUUUGUGUUUUGGGGCCAAAACCUGGAAUUCCAUGGGUUGGGAGAGUAACCACUUUGAGUUUUGAAUGGCAGAAGUUUAAAAGAAACCCUUAAGAUGACCCUGUCACUAUUUCCUCAAUUACUGGGACCACUAAAAGUCCUUUUUGUAUGUCUUAGGCUGUAUUCCUGGAAGAAUCAGUCUAGUUCUAUCAGAUUGGGUUUUCCAUGGCUCAGACUCCACCGAGCCCUCAGCAAACACUUAUGGAGUACCUAUCAUGAACUUCAUGCUGGCAUUGGUCGUGGUGUGGUGAGCAGGAAAGACACAGUGUCUGUAGUGUGGAAGAUUCCUACAACUGAGUGUGGAAAUAGAUCCCAGACCUGUAAUUAAACAUAACAGAAUGGAGUAUGUACAUGAGGGGAAAGGCAGAAUACAGCAGGAACAUUGGACAGACUCUGGAGUGUAGAGUCUUAUCCUAAAGGAUAAGAUGGUGUUGUUGAGGCCAACAUGAAGAGUAAGAGUGUCUUAGAUAAAGAAAACAGUGUGUGGAAUGUGAGAGAGCAAGAGAAAGAGAAAGAAGAAGGCAUCUGUGGUGUGGAAAAUCCAGUUCUGGUGAAUGACUUGGGAAAUGCCACACCAAGAAGAGUUUUAGGGUAAACCCAAGAGUUUGGUCUUGCUCAUAAGAAGCAGGCAAUUAACUUGACUCCCAGAAACUGAAGUCAAGGAGGAUGUGAGCAAGAUGCAUGCUCCCCCUACCCUCGCCCCUGUCCUACUGUCUUGGGGAGAUGGGGUGUGCUAGGGGAGUGUUGCAGGAGGCACAGGGAGAAAGAGAUUCAGACCGCACACUAGGAAAGCCAGGAGCCACCACCUGAUGCACAUGUCUUCAGAGCCAGAGCAUAUGGAGGGUGAUACAAUCCAUGGAAUCACAACUCUAAAUCGGAAGGAAGCUGAGGCCUAGGUCUCAGUCACCAUAGGUCCAUGGGAUGCAUUUGAGGAGUGAUACCGCUUGUGGCAGAAAUGAGAGCUAUUCGUUAUGAGAGUGUCUUGUGUCAUACACCAUAGUGUGUUUCUUCAUAGUCUCACCUCCCCAUUCUGAAAUCCCCAUAAAGGCAGUAAAUUUAUUUAUGUCUGUUGUGAAGUAAUCCUCAUACUCACCUGGAUACUUACAACUCAAAUGGAUUAUGCAGUGACUUUAAAUGGGACCAGACAUUUCCAAGUGGUGCUGAGGAGAGGACAUCCUCUUAAGCAGGAAGAUUUUGGAUAAUCAUGCAUUUAAUUUGCUUAUGUUAUUUUUCUUUCUGAGAAGAAUUAAAUUAGACUUUUUCUGUAGAACAAACAGACCUCCAGACCUGGCCCUGUAGUAGGUUGAAAAAAUAGAGCUUUCUGGCGGAUGUUCUGAUGAAUAAAACCCAGAAGUUAAGAAUAUUGGGAUUUUCCAUGGGGAACCCAUCCUGUGAUUCUGGUGAGGGACUUUUUUUUUUUUAAAUAACCAAAAAUUGAGUGAAAGCUGAACCACAACUCUCUGUCCUGGGAAGUUCCCCCCACCCCUGCCUCAUGCCUGCAAGUUGUUACUGUGCUAACAAACAUGGAUGGAAGACCCGGAAGCUUGGGAAAUUAUUAGCAUUCGGCAGCUCAGAGAAUUUUGUGAAAACCUUUCUCUCUGUAUCCAGCUUGAGCUGAAGCACUUGUUUAGUUCCCUUUCUCCUCUGUGCAAUGAGUGAUGCUUAACACCAAUAAACUCUCUAGAUUCUGUC